AUGGGUAACAACCAGGUUUUCGCUGUCACAGUCGGAGCGGGCAUGAUUGGUGGCUUUUACGGCCUCGGAACAGACACUUUCUCCAGCACCGAGGAUAUCUGGGAGGGUGUUCUUGGAAUUGUCGCAGCGAUCAUCAUCACUAUCAUGGGGGCUGCCCUCCUACGUGUGUCUAAACUUCAAGAUAAAUGGCGUAUCAAGCUCGCCAGGGCCCUCCAACACGAGCACGACCCUAAUGAGACAAAGAAGGGCCGUGUGAAGAGAUGGUUGGAGAAAUAUGCUAUGUUUAUCCUGCCAUUUAUCACGGUUCUCCGUGAGGGGCUCGAGGCCGUUGUCUAUGUUGGUGGCGUUGGAUUGGGCCUUCCUGCUUCUUCCUUCCCCUUGGCUGUGUUUUGCGGCCUUUUGGCUGGUUUUGUAGUGGGCUAUAUUAUCUACCGAGGUGGACGACAGACUUCGAUGCAGAUAUUCCUGAUUAUUUCGACUUGCUUCCUCUACCUCGUUGCUGCCGGUCUUUUCUCGCGUGGGGUCUGGUUCUUGGAGAACAACACCUGGAACCACACUAUCGGAGGUGAUGCCGCAGAGACUGGUGCCGGCCCAGGUUCCUAUGAUAUCCGACAGAGCGUCUGGCACGUGAACUGUUGUAGCCCGCUGAUCGGAGGAGGUGGUGGUUGGGGCAUCUUCAACGCGCUUUUUGGUUGGACCAAUUCUGCCACAUACGGCUCUGUGAUCUCUUACAACUUAUAUUGGGUCAGUGUCAUGGUUGGCUACGGACUGAUGUUCUACCGUGAAAGGCGCGGAGCUAUCCCCGUCAUUGACCCGGCUAUAAACAGCGUCGCAAGGGCCAAGGCCAGAGCCAGAGCGUUUAUUCUGCGGCGUCCCUAUGAAGAUCCGGUACUCGUGGAGGCAACACCCCCCGUUUUGGACAAGCGUGCAGUGACUGGCGUUUUGGCUCUCUAG